CCCCCCUUUCCCGUCUCUAUGGUCCCGCGCGCUCGGCUCUGGGUCCUCCGCCAGCCUUUGGCGCCCUCUUCCGGUCGCCUCUCUAGGCCGCGCCCAGCUCUAUGGUGACGGUGGCCGAGACGGCCCGGCGAUCUGAAAGCCGUGGCGGGAGCGGGUCCACUUCCUCCUCGUUUCCCCCGGAGCUGCACCUCUCCUACCCGGUGACCUGGGAAAGGAGCCUAGGCGUCCGGACCCCACCGCGAAGGUACGGUUUCCGCGCCUGGGACCCGGGGAUCCCGGGGCCAGUGAGCAGAUGCCCCCCGCGGCGGGCUGGGGAGUCGAGUUGCCUGGGACUCAAGGGGGGUCCUCUGAGAAAUCGGGGCCCGACCCCCUGGGGCCGGGCGCCGGGCAGCUCAGACCGACUCGGUGGGGAUCCUUGGCCCCGGUUCGACGUGGCGAACCUGGCCGUAAGAGCUGUUACCUCACCGGUUACCUGUUUUCACGAUUCACAACUUUUCGCUGGAAUAUUUCAAGAGUUUAAAGUUCAGGAAGAGCCUGUUACUUUCCGAAUUAAUUUAACUGUCCUUUUAGACUGCUUAUCUAUUUUUGGAUCAAGUCCUACGCCAGGGAAUUUAACCGCACUUCGAAUGUGUUACCAAGGUUAUGGUUGCCCCUUGAUGCUAUUUCUGGAAGAAGGAGGAGUGGUGACCGUCUGUAAAAUCAAUACCCAGGAGCCUGAGGAAACUCUGGAUUUUGAUUUCUGCAGCACCAAUGUGAUUAACAAAAUUAUUCUGCAGUCAGAGGGGCUCCGUGAAGCAUUUUCCGAAUUGGAUAUGACGAGUGAGGUCCUACAGAUCACCAUGUCUCCUGAGAAGCCUUAUUUCAGGUUAUCUACUUUUGGGAAUGCAGGAAGCUCCCACCUUGACUAUCCCAAAGAUUCUGAUUUGAUGGAAUCCUUUAAUUGUAACGAAACCCAAGUUAACAGAUACAAGAUCUCUUUACUGAAGCCCUCGACGAAGGCAUUGGUCCUGUCGUGCAAGGUGUCUAUUCGGACAGACAACCGAGGCUUCCUCUCGUUACAGUACAUGAUCAGGAAUGAAGAUGGACAGAUCUGUUUUGUGGAGUAUUACUGCUGCCCUGAUGAAGAAGUUCCUGAUUCAGAGUCUUAAGUACGACUGUGCACUGUGACAUUUUAUGUCGACAUUCACAAUAGGUCACAUUCUCAUUGUUACGAUUUCAUACUGCAUUUCCCAAACGGAAGAGGCAUGGAGGAGACUGGAGCAAGAUCCCUGUGCUCUAAGUCACUGUGGAAGGAGAUGUUUCUUGUAGUCACAGAUGACCCAGUACUGGACUAUCCUGUGGUCCUGUUUUUUGAACUCAUAGGAAUUAUUAUGAGCCAUGAUGAAUAAAUUAUAUAUUCUAUUUAAGUAGGACAUUUCAAAAGGCUGAAAAUUUAAAGUUUGAUGGAGCCAUAUGUGAAAUGUUCUUUUAUUUAUUUAUUAGAAAAAGCAAAGGCAUAUGGGUAUUGCUUAUUAGUUUGAAUUCUGGAGAAUAUAUCUUAAAGCAUUGGUUCUUAAAGGGCUAUGCCCAGACCAGCACCAUCAGCAUCACCUAGAAACUUGUCAAAAACUCUGCGAGUUGCCCAGCAAAGCAGGCCCCUAACUCCGGAAAUUCUGAUGUGUGCCCAAGUUUGAGAGCCACUAUGUGAAAAGAUACUAAAAAAAAAAAAAAGCAUUUGAUUACAUUGAAGUGGUUGCUUUUCUUUGUGAUUUCUCCACAAACUUUCUGAAACUUAGGCAUCACCAAACAGGUCUGAAUAUAUGACUUAUUUUUAAGUAUUUAUUUUGAAGACAUGAACAAGAUACAAAACAGUCUUCAGAGUUAGAGGUUUUCUUGUUCUCCAAACUGUCCAGUAUAGUGAGUCCUACAGUGAGUACUUAUUAAUUCCUUCUAUUUCCCUAUAAGCGUUUCUCAACUAAACCAAGGUGGAGCAAGCCAUUGCGUGAUUUUGUAUUUCUUGGGUAAUUCACAAUGAAAUAAUUUUGUGGGAUGUAGAUAUUUAAUAAAGUAUAAUACUGAAAUUA